AUGAAAUUGUCAAUUAAAGAAGUUAAUACAGAAAUAGAAAAUUUUACUGGUAAUAAAUCUGAUCCAGCUUUUAAACGAAUUAGUUCUAGAUUAGUUCACUUGUCUAAUAGGGUAGCUAAUUUAAAAGUAGAAUCUGAUGAGGAAGCUACAGCUCAAAACACAAUAAAAACAAAAAUAAUCAUGUUAGAAGCUGAUUUAUCAGAAAAAAUUAAUAACAAUUCUCCUAGUUUUAACACUAGUACUGUAUCUACAGAACAAGUUACUUGUCCUUCAUAUAAAAGUGUAGAUGUUUAUAAAUGGGGUGUAUACUAUGAUGGUAACAAUUUGUUUGAUUUUUUGGAACAUGUUGAAAUGUUAAGAAUGAAACAACAAGUGUUUCAGCGUAGCUGUGAUCUUUUAAAAGAUGAUGUUCUAUUUUGGUACCUAUAUGAAUAA